UCCCUAUUCCGAAUUUCCUAAAUCCUAACAUAGCCAAGGCCGACGACGGAGCUAGUAUCAGCGGACGCCGCCGCCUCCCGCCCUACCCUGCGAAUCUGCGACGAAGCAAGCAGAAGACGAAGAAGGUUAGGCCGACGACGCUGCGGUCGCUGCCUCCCUCCCUCCCCUGCGAAUCUAGGACGUUCCAUGUGUUCCAGCCUCUGCGUCUCUGUUAGUUUGUGCGGUGGUAAGUGAUUGAAAUUUUGCAAGCACGAUGGAGGACAAAGAGGAUGCAGUGAGGGAGGAGCGGGUGGUGGAGGCGAGAGCAAGAAACAUCAGUCAUAACGUCAGGUGCACAGAGUGUGGCAGUCAGUCCAUUGAAGAAUCUCAAGCUGACAUUGCCAUUCUCCUAAGGAAGUUGAUCCGAGAUGAGAUUCGAGAGGGAAAAAGUGACAAAGAGAUCUACAAGAAACUGGAGGAUGAUUAUGGUGAGACAGUGCUUUACAGACCAAAAUUUGAUCUGCAGACAGCUGCUUUGUGGCUAUCUCCGCUUAUGGUUGCUGGUGGCGCUGCAGCUAUUUGGGCUUACCAAAAGCACAGGCGAAGGUCUAACGUCCACGUUCUGACUUUGAAUCUCAUCAGGGGAGUCCCAUUAACCCCAAAGGAGAGAGAGACCAUGCUAAAUCUCCUUACUCCACCUCCUUCUCAAUAUUCUCCUUCAUAUUGGUUGCAAAGAUUGCUUCGUCAGUGAAACAUUAGAGAAGAGAAAUGUCCAAAUCUCAGUUUUUUUUUGAAUAGUAAAUGCAACCUGUAUAAUUAUUCCCUAAUAAGUGAUCGUGCUUUGUAAUCAUACAAGAAUUACAGCUUGGCAAUGCAUUGACUUCUUUGGAUCUAAUACACAUUCACUUAUUAU